CCGUGGCUACGUGUGAUGAGUGGCACCGCCACGCGCUCUCUGUCUGUCUGCCAGCUACACACACACACAACCUGUGACCACACACAGGUAACAACUGCAGGCCUGUACUGGCACGUUUUUGAAAAUGGUAUUGCAAGCAGUUUCAUAUGACUCCGCAGAGGAAAGGCUUCUACAAGCACCUCGCUCCAGAAGUGUUUCGACUAGGAAUACAAAAACAACACAAAUGGCAACUAUAAAUGUCCGGGUUACAACCAUGGAUGCUGAGCUGGAGUUUGCCAUCCUGCCCAGCACAACUGGCAAACAACUUUUUGACCAGAUAGUGAAGACCAUUGGGCUGAGGGAAACCUGGUUCUUUGGCCUCCAGUAUCAGGACAGCAAAGGCUUCUCCACGUGGCUCAAACUGAACAAGAGGGUGACAGCUCAAGAUGUGAAAAGGGACAACCCUUUGUUGAUCAAGUUCAGGGGCAAGUUUUACCCUGAGGAUGUCACAGAGGAACUGAUCCAGGAAGCAACGCAGCGCCUCUUCUUUCUGCAGGUGAAGGAGGGCAUCUUAAAUGAUGACAUAUACUGUCCACCCGAGACUGCAGUUCUCUUAGCCUCAUAUGCAAUUCAGGUCAAACACGGAGACUACAAGAAAGACUAUCACGUACCAGGAUAUCUGACAAAAGAGAAGCUACUGCCACAGAGGGUUUUGGAACAGCACAAACUGAAUAAGAAUCAGUGGGAGGAAAGAAUUCAAGUGUGGCAUCAGGAGCACAAAGGAAUGCUGAGAGAAGACGCCAUGGUGGAAUAUUUGAAAAUAGCCCAGGAUCUAGAGAUGUAUGGGGUUAACUAUUUCAGCAUCAAGAACAAGAAAGGAUCAGAGCUGUGGCUGGGAGUGGACGCACUGGGCCUCAAUAUCUAUGACAAAAAGGACAAGAUGACCCCGAAGAUUGGCUUCCCCUGGAGUGAGAUCAGAAAUAUUUCCUUCAAUGACAAGAAAUUCCUCAUCAAGCCAAUUGACAAGAAGGCUCCGGACUUCGUUUUCUACGUUCCUCGUCUUCGCAUUAACAAACGAAUCCUUGCAUUGUGUAUGGGGAAUCAUGACCUGUACAUGCGCAGGCGUAAACCUGAUACCAUCGAGGUGCAGCAGAUGAAGGCCCAGGCCAGACAGGAGAAGAAUAAGAGGCAGAUGGAAAGGGCUCUGCUUGAGAGUGAGAAAAAAAAGCGAGAAAAUGCUGAGAAGGAAACUGAGAAGAUUGCCCGUGAGACCAUGGAGCUGAUGGAGAGAUUGAGACAGAUUGAAGAGCAGACAAAGAGAGCUCAAGAUGAGCUGGAGGAGCAAACUCGGAGGGCUCUUGAGUUAGAGAAGGAAAGGAAAAUUGCUCAGGAGGAGGCUGAGCUCCUGGACAAGGACCGCCGAGCGGCUGUAGAAGCUAAAGCAGCCCUGCUACACCAUUCUGAAACUCAGAUCAAGAACCAGGAAAGCUUGGCCACUGAGCUGGCAGAGCUUACCUCUAAGAUCUCCCAGCUGGAAGAUGCCAAGAAGAAAAAGGACGAGGAGGCAAAGAGAUGGCAGGGAAGGGCGUUGAUGGCUGAAGCUGAUUUGGAGCGAACCAAAGACGGGCUGAAGACUAAACUCAUGGGUGUCCAGAUUCAGGAUCCGGUCCAACCCCCCAUGCACGAGCACGACGAGACUGAUGAGAGCAGCGCAGAGGCCAGCGCUGAGCUGACUUCUCCAGGCAUGGUCCGAGAUCGCAGUGAAGAGGAAAGAGUAACAGAGGCUCAAAAGAACCAGAGACUGCAGAAAAACCUUAAGUUCCUGAGCGCUGAGCUGGCCGGAGCUGUGGACGAGAGCAAAAAGACCCCUAAUGACCUGAUCCAUGCCGAGAAUGUGAAGGCCGGCCGUGACAAAUACAAGACCCUACGUCAGAUACGCCAGGGUAACACCAAGCAGCGCAUCGAUGAAUUUGAGUCCAUGUGAGACCGCGUGUUGUAGCCCUACUCAGACUGAAGGCAGGACAAGGAGAGAUGAUGAACUGGACACACAAAGGUGUCGUUUCAGACAGUUUCAUAGGUAGUAAAUAAAUCGAAAGUUGAAAAAGACAGCAAAUAGUAUUGAUACUGUGGUUUGAUACCUUUAAUGAUUUAAUGAUUUGGUUUUCAAACAAGUGUAUUUAGAGAGCUUAUGAGAAGAUCAACUUGGGAAAAAAAAAAGUUUGGAUCCCAUAAAUUUCACAUUAUCCCAAGAAGUAAACCUGGCGUUUAGCUCAUACGGCAGAAUUAUCUGUUAGCCCAGACAAUCUGGUCACAACUCUGGAUUUAAUGAAUUUUACACCACAACAGCAGGAAUAAACAGCACUUUCAACGCCA